GGUAGUCUGGGGAAUGCAGAAGCGAAAGUGUGUUUCGGUGGUGCAACUGAGGAAGCUUCUAACUGCAGCAAUAUGCUCAAUAGCGUUCAUGGCUGUUGUCUCUGUUCAUGUCCAGCACGUCGUUCCUUCUUCCAAUGAUCAGAAGUUCAAUGACAAGAUCACAACGACUCGAGAUCUGCAAAGGUGGACAAGAGAGCUGGCUCCGCCUCAUUUAUCAAAAGUUCUGUUUCCUCCUCCAAAGUCGAACGUUUCAAGAGGGGUUUCGGAUUAUGAGAAGUUGUGGAAGCCUCCAUCCAAUCGUGGGUAUCUGCCCUGUACAAAGCCUACACCUAAUUAUACAGCUCCUGCUGAGUCAAGAGGAUACCUUCUAGUUCAUACAAAUGGUGGUCUCAAUCAAAUGCGUGCUGGGAUAUGUGAUAUGGUAGCUGUAGCUCGUAUAAUAAAUGCCACUCUUGUAGUUCCUGAACUUGAUAAAAGAUCAUUUUGGCAAGACACUAGCAAUUUCUCUGAUGUUUUUGAUGAAGAGCAUUUUAUACGUUCUCUAGCUAAUGAUGUGAAGAUAAUUAAGAAGCUUCCCCAAGAACUGGUUAAUGAAACCAGAAUUGUGAAGUACUUCAUAAGCUGGUCUGGUAUGGAUUAUUAUGAGAAUGAGAUUGCUACCUUGUGGGAAGAAUACCAAGUUAUUAGAGCAGCAAAAUCUGAUUCACGUUUAGCAAACAACAACCUACCUGCAGACAUUCAGAAGCUUCGCUGCCGUGCUUGUUAUGAAGCUCUCCGAUUUUCACCUCGCAUUGAACAAAUGGGAAAAUUGUUGGUGGAAAGGAUGAGGUUAUUUGGUCCUUAUGUUGCACUGCAUUUACGUUAUGAGAAGGAUAUGCUUGCAUUUAGUGGAUGCACACAUGAUUUAUCUCAAGAUGAGGCUGAAGAGCUACGGAUAAUCAGAGAGAACACUUCAUAUUGGAAAAUAAAGGAAAUUGAUCCCGUAGAACAAAGGUUGAAAGGAUUUUGCCCCUUAACUCCAAAGGAAGUUGGAAUUUUUCUUACUGCUCUCGGAUACCCAUCAAAGACACCGAUAUAUAUUGCAUCUGGAGGGAUAUACGGGGGUGAGUCCCAUAUGGCUGAACUGCGUUCCCGCUAUCCAUUGCUAAUGAGCAAGGAAAAGUUGGCAUCCAUUGAGGAGCUGGAACCCUUUUCUAAUCAUGCAUCUCAAAUGGCUGCUCUUGACUAUAUUGUAUCUAUCGAAAGUGAUGUGUUUAUACCAUCUUAUUAUGGAAACAUGGCAAAGGCUGUUGAAGGUCAUCGUCGAUUUCUUGGACGUGGAAGAUCAAUAUUACCAGACAGGAAAGCCCUUGUUCGUCUUUUUGAUAAACUGGCUCAGGGAACAAUGACCGAGGGGAAAAGUUUGUCAAACAAGAUAAUUGAUCUCCACAGAAGGCGGCUUGGAUCCCCAAGGAAGAGGAAAGGGCCAAUAUCUGGUACAAAGGGCAUGGAUAGGUUUCGGUCAGAAGAAGCAUUUUACUCUAAUUCAUUACCUGAUUGUUUAUGCCGAACCGGGCCGCUGCAUCCAAACACUGCCUCUCACGUUGUUAGAUAGAUGAGAUACCGCUGAAUCUUUCUUCCAGGAAAUAAUCCUUUUGCCAAAGUGUGACCACAACAACAUCUUGUGUAUAGCUGGAAGGUGUUGAAGGAGCAGCGGCAGAGUGUAUAUAUACGUAUCCCUGUCACAUUCUUAAUUUGAAAAGAAAAUAAAGGAGAGGAACAAAACCGGAAGGCCGAAAAUAGAAUAAUCCAUAUUUUGUUUUUAACGUGCAAAACUAUGGAUUGGGAUGAGAUGACACUGGGAUGUGGCUUUGGGAUGAAUAGAUUUGUUAUUUAUUUUGAGGUAGAGUUUUCAGAGAUGGCUCUGAUUCUUUCAUCACACUAGAGAUCAGAAAUUGUUAAACGAAAGAACAAGCUGUUUCUUUUGUUCUUUAGAGUUGUAGUUCUUUUUUGAGAAGGGCUUAGUGCUAGAGUUUCUUUCUUUUUUUUUUUUUCUCUUUCAUUUAUCAUUUCUUUGGAGACAAGAAAAUGUAUAAUAUCUAUUUGUUUUAACUCUUAA